GAUCGACUUAGAGCUGGGAAUGAACGCUUUGGUCGUUAUUCGAUAAGAAAUCGAACCAACCUUAGAGCUUCGAGUUACGAGUGAAACAUUAUCAUUCAAGUAGCAACUUUGUUGGUUCGCGAUGGCGUCUGAUGAACCAGAAAUUUAUGGCUACUACUACGACAAUGAGGAAGAUAGAGGGUUGCUUGAUCCUGCCUGGGAAAGACAACAAAAAAAGGUACGUUAAUAGCUAUAAGCUGCAGUACCGUGACAAAGCAACAGCGAGUGCAUGAUUUACUUGUUUCCAUCCUUACGGAAACUAUUCUAAUUUUUAACAUCUUAUAUAUCCUAGAUCCAUUUAUUUCUUUUAUUUUGUACGCAGACGUUUACAGCCUGGUGCAAUUCUCAUCUUCGAAAAAUUAACGUCCAAAUUGACGAAAUUGACCAAGACUUUAGCGAUGGCUUGAAACUGAUGGCUUUGCUAGAAGUAAUAUCAGGCGAAAGACUUCCUAAACCCGAGAAAGGACGGCUGCGAUUUCAUAAAAUUUCCAAUGUCAAUAAAGCCCUAGACUUUGUGGCCAGCAAAGGAGUGAAACUAGUGUCGAUUGGAGCUGAAGGUAUGUUAGAGGUUGGCAGUGUUAUGGGGGGUGUUGUUCUCUAAGGAAACAAGCAUGGACUCGUUCACCUAUGUACUAUGUUUUUUUCAGAAAUUGUGGAUGGUAACUUAAAGAUGAUUUUAGGAAUGAUCUGGACGAUAAUUCUUCGGUUUGCGAUCCAAGAUAUAGCAGUAGAAGGUAAAGCUUGGCAAAUAUCCACUGUUGAUAACUUCCUAGUUUGCAAGAGUUUUUAACAUAAUUGUCGUCUUUCCGUCUCAUUUGUCGAUAGAAUUGUCUGCAAAGGAUGGCCUGCUGCUUUGGUGUCAGCGUAAAACUGCUCCAUAUAAAAAUGUCAACGUGCAAAACUUUCACACAAGGUAGAUUAUUCGUAUUGAUUCGUAGCGAUAGCUGCAAUUGUAUGCAUGUGGUAUUCGUGUUUAUCUAUAUGUGUGUGUGCAUAUGUUAUCUGAUUCUUGCGGUGAGCGAUUGUUCCGACAAUAACUUAACUAACGCGAACACUGUGGAUUUUCUUGUAGUUUUAAAGAUGGCUUGGCUUUUUGUGCUCUUAUUCAUCGUCAUCGGCCGGACCUUAUCGAUUAUAACUCCCUCAGCAAGGUAAGAUGUUGUCACUAACCGGACACUCCGUUAGGUGCUUUGUACUUAGCAGAAAGUCGAUGCUACGCGAAAACCGCAGGGUGUGUCGUAUAUUGGAUCAAUUGAAUGUCAUUUGAAUGUCAUGCGUGAUCCAGUGCACUUUCGUGAUCUCAGCUUUGUUCAAGAGAACUAACAAACGAUUUUGAUUUUUAUCGAGUGCCAAUACGAGUGAAAUUUUUUUAAACCUCAGUCAGGUUUAGUUGAUGUUGCUACUUUAUGCAUGCAUGCGUAACUACCUCUGUUUCCUGCCUAACACAUAUUGCCAUUAAAGGAAAAGAUCGUCACUAUUGUCAAAUGAUAUGUACCAGUUUUCCAUAUUUAUAUGGUUCAAUAGCUCAGAGUUAUUUUUAAAACCUGAAAGUCUAAUUGCCAUUUAAAAAAACAUAAUUGAACUUCACAGGUGGCUACGUAACUAGUUUAUAAAUAUGUCUUACCACAUUCUGGAAAUUUUAGUGGAGUAUCUUUUGAAUUUGGUUUGAUCAUUCAUGCACCAAAGAGCAAUAUUUUAUGCAAUGAUAUUCUAAUUAGAUCGAAUUGUUUCAUGCCUGUGUAUGAUUGAAACUUUGAAAAUUAACAAUUCUCUGGAGGCUUAUGAUGCUCAACAAAAAAAAAUUAAAUACCUCAAGCUUUGAAUGAUAUAUUGUUAGUACCUCUUGUAAUUAGGAAAGCUGCCCUGGUGCCUUGAAAUAUUUGUUGUAAUAAAUUUAUACCAAACUCAAAGACUAUUUUAAAAUUUUCUCCCUUUUGGCAAAUAUGCUGAUCAAAACUUUAUUCUUGUAGCACCUGUCUAUCGUUUUAUUUAAAUUCAUUGUGUGCUAUAUCUUUCUUAUUUGCAUGAAAUUUUAACAAACCAGUCAAUAAUGAUGUGUCAGUUUUCUAGAUAUUUUUUCCCAUCUUGACCAGAAGCAAUUUUAUCUAAAGAAUGGGUUCUCAAAAUACACAAUUUUCACUUUCCCACAUCUAAACUGAAAUUAUAAAGAGAUGCUUUUACAGAUCUGCUCUAGUCACUGAAUUGAAAGUUUUAUCAUUCUGUUUCAUUUUGGUGGAUAAAGUUCGAGAAAGUUUGCUUUAUAAAAGCUGUUUGGAUGAAAGAAGGGUUAAUCUUGAAAAUUCAGCUUUCCUUUAUUUGAGAAAGUGGUCAAUCUUUAUCCAAUUCACUCUCACAGUAACUCUUUUUCUUGUUUUCUGAUGCUAAAAAGAACACUCUUUAGAAAGAAGUGAUUUGAUUCACUGUAGGUACAGUUAGGAGCUUACCUGCUUGUCUGGUCCUGUUGUAAUACAUGACUCUUUCUACAUUUUUAUGAUCAGGAGAGGCCUUUGGAAAACUUGAAUUAUGCCUUUGAUGUUGCUGAGAAACAUCUGGACAUUCCCAGAAUGCUUGACGCUGAAGGUAGGUUAGGCUAUGACACUGCCAAGGAUGAUAUGUUCUUGUCAGGAUCCUUGGUGAUACCAAAGAGCAAAUAAUGAAAAACCAUUUAUUUUUCAACUGUUCUUUCUUGUUGAUAGACAUGGUGAACACUGUAAAGCCUGAUGAAAGAGCUGUGAUGACUUAUGUCUCAUCCUAUUACCAUGCCUUUACCAGCUCUCAAAAGGUAUCUGUGUGACUGAGGGUGUUAAUCAUUACUCAGCAGUAGCAGACCAGACAGGUUCAUUCAUGAAGAGGAGUUAAUAAUUGAUGAGAAAUUUCUCUCCAGAUUAGUCAGUUCCGAUUUUGUAUCAUUCCACUGUGGUAAAGGAAUUUUUUUAUUAAACUUACCAGUAUAGUAAGUUUAACAAUAUGCUGACUGAUAUUCUGUUGCCUGAACAAUGCAAAACCUCUGGUGAAACAAAUGAAUAAACUUCAAAACUGGUUUUUUGUGUCUUUACAGUUUCGUACUUCACAGCUAUAUAACAUGAUCAUUUUGACCACAUGCUAAAUGAGACACUUUUUGGCUGCCAAAUGGUACUUUCAACAUGCAAAGAAAUGGUCAAGGAGAACUUGCUUGGCGUUAAGGCCAAUUAUUUCAAAUUUUAAAUGCAGCUACCAACCAAAAAACCCCCCAAAAAUUUUGUCAUAGGUACUUAGAUCCCCUCACCCCUAAAAGGAACAAGUAUCUAAUUUCUCUUUACAUAAACAUUACUGAAUGUAGCAUUAAGGUUUUGAGAGUAAAAGGAAUUAUUAUCUACUGAAGAAGCUAAAGUACCAUGGGAAAUGUAUAAAGAACAGGACGGAGAAUAUGCACUCUGUUGUUGAGGAUUAACAACAAUUCAUUUUGAUGGUAUUUAUAAUUGUCACUCAAUGCCAUGUAUUUUUUCCUUGUGAUACACAGGCUGACACAGCAGCCAAGCGUAUUGGUAAGGUUCUCAAUAUAAACAGAGAUAACGAGAAGAUGAUGGAGGACUAUGAAAAAGUUGCAAGUGAUGUAUGUAUCCCAGAUUUGUUUACUUGCCAACAUGUGUUUUGGUUUAACUUGUAUUUCACAGUCAGAAUAUAUAAAUCUUGAAAAUGAGGUAAGGUGCCUCUUGAAGGGAGUGGUUUUUCUUGUAAAAUCAUGCAUUGUGGUCUGUGAUUUCUUUAAUUAAAGGAGUGUUUUGCAGCCAAGUGUACUUCAACUGUGAAUGUUCCUUGUCUUAUUUCUCAUUUUUAGCUUCUUGACUGGAUCAAUAAAACCCUACCAUGGCUGAAGGACAGAUCAAGUGAUGGGACACUGGGUGAUAUGCAGGUAUUUAGGAGAGGUUCCAAUUUUUUUCCCUCUAUUAACCUAAUAUUUUGAAAAUAAUGACACGUUGGAACAGGAAUAAUUUGAUCCUAUGGAAAUUUCUCUGUGGUUAAAUUUUAACAGUUUUAGUAAUCAGAUUUGAAUUCUAUUCCCAGAAAAAGCUUGAUGCUCUCCGUGUGUACCGAAGAAGUGAAAAGCCUCCCAGAGUAGAAGAAAAAGGCAUGCUGGAGACAAAUUUCAACACAUUGCAGACCAAACUUCGCCUUGGAAAUCGACCUGCAUACCUCCCAACAGAAGGGAAAAUGAUCAGUGUAAGUCAUAAUGACCAGCUCACUCACUGGUGAAUCAAACAUCAAGGUUAUGAGAUUAAAGGAAAUGAUCACCAACUAAAGGUGAUUUUUAAACAGAUUCUCCUUGUCAGUACCAGAGAAAUGUACAGAGAAGGGUAUUGAGAAUAGACAUACUGAUGUUAAGAGGUAUAGGGUUAAAAAUAGAUACAACUCAAAGACUAACUUAUGUGCAACUUUAUCAGGUGAUGCGCAUUCUAACUUUAUGAGCCAAGAAAAUAUCACCACUCUCUAGGAAUCAUUGGAGUAGCCUCUGACCAUUACUUCAAAAUAUUUACAUGUUUACCCAAAUUUUAGUGAGCUAAUAACAGUCAAGAACAAGCCAAUAAUAAUAAGACAUCUACUAAUUAUUACCUAACUAUAGUACACACAGGGAUUUUGCAGGAAACAAAAUGAUCAUUAAAUUCCUGAUAUGUACCUACAGGACAUCAAUCGUGCAUGGGGAGACUUAGAAGGUGCAGAGAAAGAUUUUGAAGAUUGGUUGUUGAAGGAAAUGAGAAGGUAAAAGUUUUGUGCUCAGACUUUUUUAACACCUAGCUCAUAAAAACUAAAGAAAUGGUUUGGUAGCAAGUGAAAGCUCUGAAGGGAGAAAAUAACUCCUGAUGUAUGGGUUAUUGGCUGCUUUAACCCUGAUUUAAUGCAAUGUAAUGGUAAUAUUUUCAGCCACUUCCUUUUAUAUGCAAGGUAGAAAUUUCAAAUUACCGUAUUACCCGUAUAUAAUACGUGCCCAUGUAUAAUACGCACCCCAAUUUUUCACUAAAUUUUUCAUAAAAAAAAAGGUUUUCACAGCAAAAAACACAUUAAUUCUUCCUACAACUGAUGUUUCAUAGUGGUAAGUUUUGUUGCCAUUUCCAAUUUCUGAUCUCUUAUGAUUACAGUAAUACGGUAUGAUGGUGAUGUUUAUCUCGUCAGCUGUUUCUUAAAUACUCUACUAAAUUUAUUCAUGGAUCAAAAUUGAAAAAUGUUUCAUCAGUAGAUUAUUUAACUCAAGCUCAUAAAGAGCAAUUACUACUAGGCUUUUGUUACUUUCUUUGUUGUGUUUUUAACAUAUGCAAAUUCGGACGUGCUUGAAAAACAAGAAACUGUGUAUAAUACGCACCAAGAUUUGAUGGUUAUUUUUAUAGAAAAAAGUGCGUAUUAGACAUGGGUAAAUACAGUAUAUGGAAAUGAUAACAAUUUGAUAAAUUUUGUUCUGAAAAGGAUGGAACGACUUGACCACUUGGCACAAAAGUUCAAACACAAAUGCAAUAUUCAUGAAGCUUGGACCAGUGGAAAAACUGACAUGUUGAAGAAAGAUGAUUUUGAAAAUGCUUCACUAGCUGACAUUUUGGUAAGUAAAUUUUAAUUUGUUUCAAACAGUACUUAAGGUCAGUUGGUGGAAUGUCAUCAUCACUCUCAUUAUCUCCAUUGCUGUCAUUAUUAUUAUCAUUCUCAUUACUGUUAUCACUGUUGGUGUUGUCAUCAUUGUUUUCAUUGUCAUCUUUGGUAUUAUUAUUAACCACAACCUUUUCUAUUAUUAACUUCUUCAUCAUACUCUAUCAUUAUCAUUGUCUGUAUCAUUAUUGAAUGAUAUCACUGUUAUUGUUAUUUUCACUAUUGUCAUAAUUGCUGUCAUUACAAAAAUAUUCUUAUCCUUUCAAUAUAUUUUUCAUCAUCAUUGUCAUUAUUAUUGCUAUUGUGAUCAUUUUCACGAUCAACAUCUUCAUCAUUAGCAUCAAGAACAUUAUCAACAUCAUCAUUAACUUUCUUUCUUUGAAGAAGGCAGAGAAUUGUAAAAAUUAAGUGUGCUUACCUUUAUGCAUCAAUAUUUUUCAGGCUUUGAAGAAAAAGCAUGAGGCAUUUGAGAGUGAUCUAGCAGCCCAUCAAGACCGGGUGGAGCAAAUAGUUGCAAUUGCUCAGGAGCUUAAGUAAGUUUUAAGUUUUUAAUGUUAUGCUGGACAAAUAUAUUUUUAUGGAUCAACGUCUUGUGAAAAAACAAAUGAAGUUGACUUUGGGAUAAUCUUUGACCCCUAGACUUGUGUCGUGGUAAAAUUAUCUCAAUGUAGGCUUCGAAAUAGGAUGCUUUGGAUCAUAUUCAAAUUUUUAUCUCCCAUAAAAAAAAUGAAUUGAUAUGCUUUAAAACACCAUACCUGGACUUAGCUUAUUUGCUAGUUUAUUAGCUACAAAAGACAAGUACUUGGUGUAACUGUGAUAAAAAAUUAGUGUUUGAUUGUUUUCAGUGCACUUGGAUACAGUGGAGUAGCCUCUGUUAAUGAAAGGUGCCAGGUAUGUUCUAGUAUUAUAAAACAGUUUUCAACACUUGCUUUGGGGUUUCUUUGUGUCAUUUAUAUGAAAUUACUAAAUAGCCACUCUCAAAAUACAGUGACAAAGGUUGCAAUGAAGUAAGCUACUAAUCACAUUAGAGGUUAUUUCUCAAAGUUUAAACAUAUUCCCAUUGCCUAUAAGAGCUAUUUCUACUUCUCUACAACUAAACAUUUUGAUGCAAAAAGCUCCUUUGCCUUGCUGUACCCUUCAGAAAGAAGUAUGUUUAAAAACAGAAACAAAAAUAUAAACUAUGUUAAUGUUGUUCAAUGUAGUUGCAUUUCUGAUCCCAGUAUAUUGCAGAAUGCUUGUCAGAUAUGAACUCAGGUCUCAGUAAUAGCCAGGCUCACCAUGGAGUUCCCAGUAACUAUUUGGCAGGGCAUACAACCUUGAAAUUGAGAGGUCUAUGUUUUGAAUACUCCUGCACCUCAUAUUUGAAAAUUCCUCCAUUCCCACUGUUUUGGUCACUGAUUAAAAGUAAGAGUGUGUGCAAACAUUUUACAUAUGCCUUGAUUUAAGAAUUGGAUCUUUAUUUCACUUCUAAUUGUAGCAAAUCUGUGACGAGUGGAAAGACCUUGGACAGUUAACAGAAGAUCGACGGAAAAAACUUGAGGUAUGUUAAAAGGCUGUUAGUGUUGAUCAACUUUCCAACAAACUCACUUUAGGUUAAUAAAAUGAUUUAAAAGGGAAUCUACCUUGACAAAAAUUAUUUAGUGGUAACAAUGUGAUCAUUGAUCAAAUAACAGUUUGCCCCCAACAUAAAUUUAUUUUUCCAUUAAUAAAAUAAUUAAAAUUCUUUAUACAGGUUAUUUUAGGGUUUGAACCAACUUUUUUAACUUUGUUCUCCAGGACCGUGAAAGAGUACUGGUACAACUGGACAAUUUGCAGUUAGAGUUUGCUAAAAAAGCUGCGGUAAGAGACAUUACUUUAUUACUAGCUUAACUAUUUGUUAGAUAUUAGCUGCUUUUAUCAUGAAAUAAAAAUUGUAUAUUGUAAAUUAGCCCCUGUGCACUUUUUUUUUCAAAUUUAUGCUACAAUGGAGUUAGCUGAAGCGAAAAGAUGUGCUUAUUUAAUUUUCCAAAACUGUAGCCAGACAUGAUGGUUAUUUGCUAAUGCUGUUUACCAGCUGCAUGCAAACAGCAACAUAAAUUGUGAAUUAACUCCUUUAAAUUCUGAAAAUGACCAGCAUUUAAUUUCUCUUUACAGUGAUACUGUUGAAUCAUUCAUUACUAUCAUGAGAAUAAAGGAAAUGAUCACCAACAUAGGAAUCUUUGAUUUUUACACAAAUUCUCCUUGUCAGUACCAAAUUAAAUGUAUUGAGAAGAGUAUUGAGAAUGUGGAUACUGAACAUUAUGUUAGGGUGUAUAGGUUGAUAUAUGGUGCUGAUCCUACAGUUUUCUUAGUGGCGCAGUUGAUACUGGCAGUUUUAUUUCCUAACCUUACAAGUUUGUUUACUAAUCUUAGCCAGAAGUUCUGUUGUUUUCUGUAGGUCUGAUUUUCUCUCACAAAUGCAUCUCUUUUUUUUGGUUGUUUUUAAAGCCAUUCAACAACUGGCUUGAAAGUGCACGGGAAGAUUUAAUGGACAUGUUCAGUGUGCAUACUGUGGAGGAGGUUGUGGUAAGAAAUAUCUUAAUUCUAGCUUAAAGGUUGGAGACCAGGUGCUGUUUAAAAACCGGUGGCCAAUCAGAAGUUUCUCCUUUCAAUAUCAAUACGUUUCCAAGUAGAAAAGUGAUGGGAGGAAAGGUGGAAAUCUUAACUAGGAGAUGUUGUGGGAUUAAACUCAAAAUUCUCUGAGCUGACAUUAUAAGAAAUGUAAGACAGACAGUUAUCAAGAUCUUAGGAUAAACAGACAACUGCAUUUUGGUUUCUGAUAGGAAUUGCAAGAUGCCCACAAGUACUUCAAGGACAACAUGCCAGCUGCGUCAGAUGAGUAUAACUCCAUUAUCAAGUUAGGUGAAGACAUUGAGAGACUGACUGAUCAGGAAAACCCCUACACCAGCCUUACUAAACAGGUAACAAUUCGGUUUUGGGUCAAUAGUUUAAUUUUGGAGUGUCAGAGACCAAGCACUGUUAGUAAAAUAACAAUAUCACCUUGGUGUGUAUUCAGAAGCUUUCACUUACUGUUGACCUUUUCAUCAUCUUUUUUAUCCCAGCAAAUCAAUCCGCACUUAUAUCUUGAGAGGGCCUGACCAUAUUUAUUCAAAUAAACGCCGCAUUUUAGAGCAAAAAUAUUCGUUAAAGCCGCCCUCGAAUAAACGUCGUAUCAUCAUGCGGCGUUUAUUCGAAUGAUAGACUCAAAAAGCACACGGCGAUCAUUGCUUCGAUUGCAGUUGGAAAUUUUUAGUGAACCAGACACAGAUCCUUUUGAUUGUACCAGUUCUGAUAUCCAAGAAAGCAUAUCCGCCACAAGAUCUUUAUUCACCUCAUGAAUUGCAGUAGUACUAACAUGCAAAUUGUGAAAUUAAGAGCAUUUUAAAAAAUGACUUUUGAGACAAGCACUAAAACAUGUUUCUGCUCUUUACAAUCAAAAUGGUCAGUUACCAUACUAUUGUUUGGACUUCGAACAAAUGCUGCCCUCGAAUAAACGUCGCCCUCGAAUCACAAAAAGGCGUUUAAUCGAAUAAUUACGGUAUUGCCUUAAGUAAGCCUCUGAACAAGUUUAGGAAUGCUAUAAAAAUCAAUUGUCUUUGUUUUUCUCUUUGAAAGGAAAUCAUGCUUGCAUGGAGUGAGGUCAAAACUCUGGUACCAAAGAGAGACGAGCUGCUUGAAAAUGAGAAGGAAAGACAAGAACGUAUCUUUCACUAAAUUUCAGAAAUGACUUUUCCAUUUUUUUUCUUUAAAUGGACGAUAUUUUUCCGAACUUCUUGUCUUUGAAACUGUUUUACUCAAAGUGCUAAAUUUUUAAAGUGAAAAUUUCGCGGUAAGGAAAGUGUUACGGGGGGAGCUCGAGCAGAAGCCGUUUCUUCUAAUCGCAUAUAACAAUUUACUUCGGAAAGAUAUAUUCCUUAACAGACAAAAGGAAACGAGAGACUUCGGUUGGAGUUUGCACAAAAGGCUAAUCAAAUCGGACCAUGGAUCAAACGGAACGAGGAGGAGUUACGGUCGAUUACUUUGACAUCCAAUGGACCUUUGGAGGUAUGUUGUUGCAUCGCCAUGGCAGUAGUAGGCUUUGUAUUCUGAAGCGAUGAUAAUAAUGAAGUUCAUAACAUUUGGCAAAAUGACAAUGGAGCAAAGUCAUCCAGUGGGAGCUUAUAGGGCUCUAAUGGUCGUUGGUCAUUGUCAAAAACGCACCCUCACGUAGUAUCUUAAAGUUCUCGCGUAGUUUUUUUAGCGGCUGUUCCUCCGCAGUCCUAAGAGUGGGGGCGGUAUUCUAACAGGGGGCUGGCAGAACACAGUGGGAGCCAAAGGAUACCCCCCUGGCAUCCACUUUCCAUUCCAGUAAUGUGGGUAGUAAUGAAUACAAAGGCUCAUGUUAUUGUUAUCAUAACCAAUAACAGGAACAACUGCAAGCUAUACAAGCACUCGAAAGAGAUGUUACCAGCCACAAGCCUCAAAUGGAUGAGUUAGAAUUGGUUAAUCAGGUAAGAAAUUAGGUCCUCAUUAUUAACGUUGCAGAACGCUCGUCUCUCCUCCCUCGAGAAGAUUUGAGACGAGUCGAGGAGAGGUUUGCUGGGGUCUGUCACUAAUAUUAUCAGUCCUAGACUGCUUGUAGAAUUCUUUUCGGCUCACGUUGCUCGAGUCCACUUGUUUGGAACCAUUUUCUGUGACUUGCAAACCACUCUUCAACUUAAAGCAGAAAAAUAUUUGCUCGAUUUAAAAAAAAAGGCAAAAGAUACAUUAAUUUGCCGGAAAGGAACAUGUGAUUGAGGAAGUGAAUGCCUCUUUGUAUUACUUUAGAUAAAGGAGGGGUUAACACUCUUACUUACAAAAACGGCGUUCUCUUUUCAAAAGGGUAAGAUUUCGCCUUUCCGUCUUAAGCCUUGAAAACUAUUAAAUUUUUGAAAACGUUCUUAUAUUUACAGGAUGUCCAAGAAGCUUUGAUCUUUGAGAACCCCCAUACAGAGUACACUAUGGAAGUAAGCAUGAUCAAUGAAUUUCUUGCUAGCAGAAAUUCUUGCUAGCAGAAAUUAUUACUAGAAAGCCAACAGGGUCUCUGUUGCUAUAACCAAGCUAUGUCUACCUGUAAUGUCAAGUGAUGGACUAGCGCAUUUCAAGUUACUGCCAUAAACCAUGAUUGGUUAAAGCUUGAAUGAAUAAAUAACUAUGAAUUUCUGUCUUUUUGUGCAGGCCCUUCGGGUUAACUGGGAGCAGCUGCUAACCGCCAUCGCUAGAAACAUCAAUGAAGUUGAAAAUCAGGUUGGAAUUCAGCUAAACGUUCAUUGGAUGAAUAGUUGAAAAUAUUGUGAAGCUGAUAUCAUGGAUAAAUCGAUUGACAAUGUCUUUUGCAGUUCGUUUCGUGAUUGACUUUUGAUAGCUUUGUUUGACUUAGUUCUGGCUAGGGUAACAAUUGAGGACAGCAAAGGGAAAAUCUGCUUCCUUUUCUCUGCCAUUUCUAUUAAAAAGAGUGUGUUUCCCGAACUUUGUUUAGGCAAAGUGUUUUUGUAUUCGCAGAUUCUAACAAGGGAUUCCAAAGGUCUCUCAGAAGAACAGAUGAAAGAAUUCAGAAAUUCAUUCAACUUUUUCGAUAAGGUUUGCCAUACUUUGAUACUGGAGAGAUAGGAUCAUAGCUUAUUGCACUAUCCCUUUGGUAUGCGUUUGUAGUUAGUCUAGUGUGUGCGCGCUAUGUAAACCAGCACCGUGAUGUGACAUCACGUUUCAUGGAUAUUUACAUGCACAUUAGUCCAAGAAAUUUUUGCACAACUGAAAUAGUAAAGAAAUAGUAGGCGAAUGUAAUGAAAGUUGUCGGUGGUAUAUUAUGAAAUCAAAGGUUACAUUUUAAAUAUUAUUUCGUCGUAUUUUUAUCGCGUUAACUUUUGUUUUGUUUUCUGUUUGUUUGUUUGUUUUUUUUAGGAUGAAAAUUCGCGACUUGAGCCUCAUGAAUUUAGACAGUGCUUGGUCAGUUUAGGACACUCGCUUCCUGAAGGAGAUAAGGUUUGUGAACGUGCUUGACACACACACACGCUUUUCACUUACAGCACAGCUCUGAUUUUAACGCUCAAAAGACCACUUGAAUGGUGGGUAUUACCUCGCGGACUUUAUCUGAUCCGAGAUGCGAACAGCUUUUCAAGGCGAGGUAAAAUCUUAGCUUUUAGGGCGCAGCUUAGCAAAACCAAUGCAAAACGAAGCGCACAGAGCGUAUCAGAGCAAUGUGAACGCAAGUGAGAGCCACAGAGUUACAAGGACCAGUUAACACUAGAAUUAAUGCGAUACAUUUUGCUCAUGGUUGUGAAUAGAAAAAACAUGGACUGCGUAUUAUUUGAAUAGUUGAUAUUCUAUUAUAUCUUAUAUAUUAUGUUUAUAUUAUUAAUUUAUUAAAUCCCACAGGGUGACGUAGAGUUCAAUCGACUCAUGACAAUUGUAGAUCCAAACAACACAGGUUUCGUGACUUUCCAAGCAUUCCUUGACUUCAUGACGCGUGAAGUAGCUGAUACGGAUACCGCUGAACAAGUCAUGGAGUCAUUCAGAAUCCUUGCUGGGGACAAGGUGACCCUCUAUCUCUCAUGAUAUUGUUUUACAUUUACGUCCCUUGUCCCAUUUUGUGUUUGGUUUAUGUCGUCGGUGGUUGAACAGCUUCUUGUUCGUAUUUUACUUUAUUUGUCGCGGAAAAAUUUUAACCCUUCAAUCCCUAAAUGUGACUAGAGUCUAAUUUCACCCCACAAUAUCACCUCUGACUCAAAUAUUAAGGUGACGAGAACAUAGGAAAUGAUAACCCACUAAAAAAGCUCUUGAUUGAUAAACAAAUGCAUACUGAUGAUAGGGUCUAAAGGCUAAUGACUAAAAGUGAACAAUUAGUUCCUGUUUCCGAUCGCGUUCGUGAAAAUGUUAAUACAUAUAUUUUUUUGUUCUGUUACAGCCGUUUAUCACUACAGAAGAACUGAGACGCGAAUUGCCACCGGAUCAAGCUGAGUAUUGUAUUGCUCGAAUGGCUCCUUAUGAGGGACCUGACGCUGUGCCAGGUGCUUUGGAUUACAUGUCCUUCUCCACAGCACUCUAUGGCGAAAGUGAUUUGUAA